AUGGCAGGAGUAGGUGAAGAAUGCUUUACAUUGCCAGCAGUGACAACAUCCAAUUACACACCCAAGGUCGCCGCAUGCGAUGUCUUCGGCUUCCAUCCAUCAAUUAGCCAAGGCGCAGAGCUGCUGGCCGAUGCUGUCGUCUCAAUGCCGGAUUUCCUUCAGGGCGGACUCCCUCUUGACGCCCACCCAGCAGAUACAGAGGAGAAGAGAAGCAUUCUGAUGCACUUCAUAAAAACAGAGCAGACCCGCCACGGCAUACAGCGAAGCUUCUUGAUAUCCAAAGGAAGCAGAGGAGAAAUGGCCUAG